AUGACAGCACCACAAGCUACCAAUAACCCGACUCGAAGCCCCUCGGUUAAACAUCAAUCCCGCAAACCAGGGCCAUGGCCCACCGAAUCCACGGGCGCACGCGAGACGGUCUACGGUACUCCUUUCGACAGAUUCCGACCCUUGGGAGGCGGUGCCGAGGGGGACAUCUUCCGUCGUUACCACAUUCGAGCCGCCGAGGAGGCAGACUUCCUAACGUAUUGGGCCGAAACGCGCACAUCAGCCGGCAUUUUUGCCCGCGAUGCUACGGGUACACUUGUUUUUCGCAUAAGUUCAACCAAUCUCGCGGACUUGAAUAACGAGCUUGACAUCGGCAGGCCAGGUGCCCCGGAUCAGUUUGCCAGAUGGAUACAUGUCUACGAUGCCGAAGGCACUUCUUGGCUUACCCAAUUUCGCCGUAUCGACCUUGAAACCCUCCCGAAGAUCUUCGAUGGCGCUGGAAAGCCGGUUCAGCAUAACGGGAGACUUGGUCUAUACGGACCAUCUGGGCAAACUGUUCAGAAUAUCGUUGCUCGCCAACGGAUCGAAGCCGAACUCGCGCGCAUGUAG